AUGUCUACAAUAAAUUUAUAUAAAAUUGAGAAUAAUGAAUCUAUUUCUUGUCUUCAAGAAGGAUGUAGUUAUAAAUUUCGUAAUCCUAAACAAAAACAAAAAAGUAUUAUGGAGCAUUAUAAACGACAUCAUUUUGAAAUUUAUAAACAAUUAAAGAAUCAAACAAAACCUUAUUCAAAACCUUUACAACAAACAGAUAAAUGUAUUGAAAAUAAUAAUUUUUUUCAAAGUGCAGAAAAGACAACUGAAAUUACGAUUUAUAAAGAUUUUGCUGAUUUACAAAAACAAUUU